AUGACUCCGCAAGACAGCUUCAUUGAUGAUGAGGAGGACUCUUGUCCCCUCUGCAUAGAAGAACUUGAUAUUCAGGACAAGAACUUUUACCCUUGUCCUUGUGGCUAUCAGGUCUGCCAAUUCUGCUACAACAACAUCAAGCACAACUUGAACGGCCUCUGUCCAGCUUGUCGACGACCAUAUGACGACAGCUCGGUAAAGUUCGAGGCCGUCACUCAAGAACAGAUCGCCGAGUUCAAGGCCAAUUUGCAAAAGACCCAAAAGAAACGCGCUGCGGAGCAACGUCAAAAAGAGGCUCAGAAACGAGAAAUCACUGACCGAACCAGCCGCAAGAACCUAGUCGGUGUCCGCGUGGUGCAGAAGAACCUUGUUUAUGUGACAGGCUUGACGCCCACGGUUCCCGAAGACGAGCUUCUGAAGACUUUGCGCAAGCAAGAAUUCUUUGGUCAAUACGGCAACAUCCAGAAAAUAUCGAUUAGCAAUCGAAAAGCACCGGAUGGUCAGCCUCAAUCACUCGGCAUUUACGUUACCUUUGAGAAGAAGGAGGAUGCUGCUCGUUGUAUUGCUGCUGUCAACGGUUCGCACAAUGGUGACCGUAUCUUGAGGGCGCAGCUUGGUACUACCAAGUAUUGCUCGGCAUGGCUUCGAAACGAACAGUGCGGCAAUCGACAGUGCAUGUUCUUGCACGAGCUCGGUGACGAGGAGGACAGUUAUACCCGACAGGAUCUCUCCUCGUUGAACAGCAUACAUACGCAACGCCCACUGUCGAAUGCUCCCGGUUCCUCCCGGUCUGCUUCUCGCCAGCAAGGCGGUGGCUCGCAGCCACCGCCUCUGGUCGCCCAACCCAUGAUCCGCACCUCUAGCAAAGAAGGUUCCGAGCUUGGCGACGGUCCUAUACUGCCGGCAUCAGCUAACUGGGCUCGCACCACACAGCAGCGAAGUCGACGUGGAAGUCAUGCCACCAGUGGCGCAGCCUCUAGUCCAGCCAUAUCGAGUUCCCUGCCAGUCACGUCCGAGUCGGCGCAAGAGGCCGUUGAGUCCACACCACCUCCAGAGGAGUCUCGCUCCACUCCGGCUCCGUCCAACCGGAAGGCAGAAAAGCAGCCUGCCUCACGUGUUCUCAAAGAGGUCGCCAACGUGAAGCCACCCGUGAAGGAUCCAUAUUCACUCGCUGACUUUGACGAUCUUAUGAAGAGAUUUGUUGCGCUUCCCGACUUUACAGCAUCGGAAGAACAUGAUGACUCUUUCCCACCACUAUUUGAUUCGUACGGUGGCUACAAGAGACGAGCAAUGCGCGAGGAAGAGGAAGAAAAGGAGAACCGUGUCGCGGACCCAGAAGAGCAGCCGGAUAAGCUCUCUGAAGGCGAGCCGGAGAGUGGCAGUCACGCAUUGGGCGGAGAGCCCGAGGACAGAGACCAGGAGAGUUUUGACCAGAGGCGCAAUCCUGCACCUAUUCAGCGAUCUGGCACGGAUGCAUUGUUUGGACCCAGUCUAGCAUCUACUUACGCCCAUGGUCUCGGUAAUGCCGGCUCUGUGGGAAGUCGUUCAAUGACUCCUCAACAGUUUGGCCGACCUCAAGGUUCUUUUACUGAACAAGUGCCGCCCGGUUUGACGGCUCCCCAGUCUGCACUCUUCCAGGGUCCAGGUCAUGCACGGCAAACAUCUCGAUACAGCUUCGCCAACGAGAACGCAUCAGGUGCAACAAAGGUCAACCUGGCCGGAAACCCGAGGCUCAUGGCUCAACAGACUUCUAUGAUGCCGACUUCAUUUCAGACCCAGCCUGGCGGGCAGUUUUUUGCAUCUUCGAUGUCUGGGCCGCCGCCUGGUCUGAAGUCAACUGGCACCCCACCAGGAAUCGGCAUGUUUGGCCAAGGACAAGGCUUUGGUUCAGGCUUCAGCGCGCCUGCUAAGGACAAUGCAUCUGAAUUACUUCGAACCAUGUUUUCUAGAGGAACAGGCAGCAGCCAUGCCCAAGAUACGGGUAAGCGUGAGUACUUUUCCUCUUUUCAAAAUCAAUACCCAAGCUCCUCUACCUCCUCAACCCCUGCUCCCGCUUCCGGACCCAAUGUUCUGGCAUCGCUCUAUGCUUCCCAGCCUGGAGCCUUUCAGGAGUUUGGACCAAAGCAAAAGAAGAAGGGGAAGAAGCACAGGCACGCUAACACUUCCUCCUCUGGGGGAGGUGCUCUAGUAGAUCUUGCAGACCCGAGUAUCUUGCAAGCUCGCAUGCAGCCACACCAGCAACAAAGCAGCAGCGCCGGAGUUGGACAGGGGCUGUUUGGAGGUCAGAGUCAAGGUGGGUACAACCCGAGUAUGAUGUAUGGUGCCGGUGCCGGUGCCGGUUAUGGCAGAUGGUGA